AUGCUCGAAUACUUCAAUUACAAGCGCUGGAAGAAGGAGAACCCAGCAGAGGCGCAGGAACACCUGAAGAACCCUGUAUUGAACGAGGACGAUGAGAAGCUCCUCCAACGCAUUACCUCGCAAGGCGACCCGCCGCCGGCUCUCCCCGACCGAUCCACUGUGAUCCUAGAUGACGGAAAGAAAGUUGAGGGUCAGGAGGCGCAGGAGGCGAUGAAGCAGGGUGCGGAUGACAUUCCUUUACCCACUUCGCCGGCACCUGAAAGAUCUGGUGACGAUAAGUCUGGCGAGGAGGGCAAACCCAAUGAAGAAAGCGAGGCCAGCGGGGAAACCAAACCCAGCGAAGAGGACAAACCUAGCGGUGAGGAUAAGAGUACUGAAGGGAGCAAGUCUGGUGAAGAGGAGAAGAAAAAGCAGGGUUAUUGGUCGUACAUACCAGCUAUGCCAGCCAUGCCAGCCAUGCCAGCCAUGCCCACUUAUCACUUCAAGCACAAAAACAAGGAGCAAACUGCCGACGACCUCAAAGACGCCGCCCAAGACGUCAAGAAAGGCGAAGGAGUAGACCUCAAAGAAGACGGAACAGUCGAUAAGAAAGAGGUCAAGAAGGAAGACCAUGAUCUUGGCUCAAUCCUUGACCGACUCAAUCUUGCCGCAGUUAACAACCGCCUCUUCAGCUUCUCCAAAGAGUCACAAGAGCUUAUGGAGAGGUUCAAGCAAGUCCUCAUGGAUAUCGUCAACGGUGCACCGACCGCUUAUGACGACUUGGAGAAACUCCUCAGGGAUUCCGAUGGCCAGCUGCAGAAGAUGUACGAGAACUUACCACCCUUCCUCAAGACACUCAUCAAGAGCCUGCCCGCCAAGAUGACGGGCACGCUGGGCCCGGAAUUGCUGGCCGCUGCAUCAGAGAAGCGCGGCUUCGACGCCAAAGCUGCUGCCGCUGCCACAGAGACGGAUACCGAGGAGGGUGAUAAGAAGAAGGCCAAGAAGUCACGCAUACCUCCUUUGAAGAAGCUGGUGUCUCAACAGGGAGCCGUUGCCAGCAUGCUUCGCAGCAUUCUUAAUUUCCUACAGCUCCGAUUUCCGAUGUUUAUCACUGGUACCAACGUUCUUAUGAGCUUAGCGGUUUUCCUUCUGCUAUUCGUCUUCUGGUAUUGCCACAAGCGCGGUAAAGAAGUGCGCCUGGAGAAGGAACGUCAAGGCCUCCCAACAACCGAGUCAGAUGAAGAGAAGAGCGCGGAAGCCUCCGAUCUUGAAGAGAGCGAGGUUCUCGAGAAGCCAAGAGAAGAAUCCGAAGAAGAGGUCGAAGCGCCCAUCAAACUUCACGACGACCCUGCUGUCGGCGACAAGCCUAGCUCUUCUGUCGCUGAUAUGCCAUCAGUCCUCGAUCUGCCCGAGCCGGCUGAUGUUGCGCUACCGGAGAAGGAGGACAAGGCACAGAAGGAGGCGCCAAUUGAGGCGGAGAAGUGA